AUGUUAACACGACCAAGUGUUGUUUUUGCUAUUGUAUUCGGCUGCUUUGCAGUUCUCAUACCACGUGUUUUUGUACCACUGUUUCGUCCAAGACAAUCUGCACCCGUACAUCAGCAAUAUGAACAUUUUCGACGACCACCGUCACCGCCAACCGAAUCAAUACCACGAAAUGAUAACGAUGAUAAUCACGAGCAUGCAUCGGAUUCUUUUGCACAUACGCGCAUGCGUCAUCCUCAUGUCGAACAUCAGCAACAAUCAAUAACGGAUCAAAUUGGCCCAAAAUCAGCUGUUAAAUUUGCUUUACCUAUGUAUACUGUUGGUAUUGCAAUUUUCUUUCUCUAUACUUGUUUCAAAUAUUGGGCAAAACGAAAUACUGAAGAACAUAGGAUAAAAAGCCGCUAUUCAAGUAAUAAUAUUCAAUGGAAUGGGCAGAAAAAAAAAUUUAAGUAUUGUGUGAAUACUCGUCAAGAACAGAAUGAAAAAGAAGACGAUGAUGAAGAACUCUAUGAUGGACUAGAUGCUGAUUAUGUCGAAUACUUACGAUCGAAAAAACAAAAAGAGCUUAAUGCUGAACAAGCGCUAACGAGAGAACAAAGACAAAUGCAUAACACACUUGAUGAAAUGAAACAUUCAUUAUCAUUUAUCAGUUCGAAACUUGGUGCAACUCAAACGGGAAAUAGUCUGACCAGUAAUGAAAUUUCACAAUUACAAGAUCGACUUGCUUCAACCGAAGCUCAAAUGUGUAAAAUUUUAAAUGCACUCGAUAUCGCUUCGAAUCAAGUGAAUAAAUUAACUCGAAAUACUCGACAAACACUUCAACACCAAGUACAGCAGGAAAAUAUUAUGGAUGAUGGCGACGACGAAGGAGAGAAUCGUCAUUUGUCAUCGAGAUCACAAAGUGAAAACGAACAGAGAAAUGUUGAGCAUGAUGAAGAAGAAAGUUCGUCAUCUUAUGAAGAAGAUGGGGAAGAUGGAGUGCCAAUUGAAGAUAAUGAAUCAGAGUCAUCAUCAUCAGAACGUUACGGCCUAAUGACAACAAACUACGAAUGUGACCCAUCGGCAAUCGAUGAUUAUGAAUUGGAUACGAUCAAGAAACCGGACGAAACAACUGACAGUCAAACAAAAGUGCAUGAAUGGAACGAACGCCACCAUUCUCAAUCAAUAAGCAGUAAUUCAUCCAAUGAACACGAUCAAUCAAUACCAAACAACGAACAAAAAUCAAAUGAAAAUGCUAUGUUGGAUAUUCGGAAUGAAAUAGACGUGUUGUAUCCGAGAAAUCAACUAGAACAUAACUGA